AGUUAAAAAACGUCUGUUUUGGUCUUAGAGGAAUUAAUCUCAGGUUCAGUUUCUCGGUGAUGAGGGUUCGGAGGUCUUGGUGGUGAGUUCGUGGUCCUCGUGCGGCGGUGGGAAAAAUGGCUUUGCGGUCUGCGCUGCUCUGGUUCCUGUUUGUUGUGAGCGCUCAUGUGACUGACGCUCAGUGGAGACCGAGGAGCCGGAUGAUCCUAACCGAUGCCUCUCACCACCAGCCGGUCCAGUGGGGAUUUAGUAGCGCCAGUCCUCAACCCAGUGCUGGCCCGGAGCCUGGUGACCGGGCCCCUGCCUUCCAGGUCCCCACUUUGGACGGGAAGUUUUCCUACGAGCCUGCAGAUGCCCUGAACGGGUCUGUGGUCAUUCACGCCUUCACCAACAAGUCCGGGUUUCUGGAAAGCCUUUGGAGCUCUGAGUCCUCUUUGAAGAGUCUGGUUGAAGGUCUGCCAGGUCGCACACAGUUGCUCUUCCUGUCGCUGGAUGACUCAGCGGUCAGUGAUGCUCUGUGGAUGCGGGAGCAGCUGCACCGGGCCGCGGCGGACAGUGCCAAGAAGGAGGUUCUGACCCGACUGCACUUCUCCCCAGUGCCGGUAUUCGCUUUAGGUAACUGGAUCCCCAAUGUUCUUUACUACUGGGGCUGCAUGGGACACAACUGUGGCCUCUCUCAGGCUGUUUUCACCUCUGAUGGGUGGAAAAUGCCAAUCGUUAUUAAGAGGCUGGAUGCCAGGUAUGAUUGGCUUAUGGGGCGCUGGAGCACCAAGACCUAUCAGCUGGUUGAUGCUGGAGAUGGCUGUGAACCCUCCCCAUCGUUAGGGGGCGCUGUGGCCUGGGUGUCUGAAGGGAACUGUUCUUUCUUUACAAAGGUUCACAGCAUGGCUAAGUCCAAUGCCUCUGGCGUCCUUGUGUACUCGCUCCCUGGAAAUCCCAUCCAGGAUAUGAACUGUGCUGGAGAUGAAUGUUACUUUCCUCUUGGUAUCCCGGCUGCCAUGGUCCAUCAGGAGGUUUCAGUCACCCAGGCGCUCUUGUCCGGACAGGCAGUCAACCUUUCCUUCCAGACCACCCCUUCCCCAAAUUUCUUCAUCGGUAUUGACCAACAGGGGGCGCUGGCUGAGAUGGGCUGGUUUCUCUACCCAUCAUUUAGCUUCGUUAACUGGCAGGCUCAAUGGUUUGAAUUCUCUGCUGGUCUGCAGAGCAAACUCCAAAGUCCUGCAAAAGUAAUCCCAGUGUUUGACCAAGUCACAAUGCAGGGAGACAAAGGAGCUGUUGCCACAGUCGAUCUGCCAUCAGAUUUAGGGAACUUUGAUAUGCUGGAGCUGGAUGCGUCGCUGUCAUGUCCUGGCAAGAGGGACUCGUCCUGCGCUCAGUGGGACCACACCGUCCAGCUGUACGUGUGCUGCGAUCAGCUGAGUCAGUACUGCAACACAGAGCUGGGACGGUGGAUCACUGCGUUCCGAAGAGGGACCGGACACUGGCUGACAGAUGUGUCCCCUCUCAUCCCGUUGCUGGACAGCAACAAAUGCACCUUCACGAUGAAGACGGUCCCCUGGGCCAUGCCUUGGGUUGUCUCCCUCAACCUUCGAUUUAGUGCUCGCAACCAGACAGGUGAAGGUUUAGAGAAUCUUCGUCCCUUCAAAGUGACGCCUCUUUACAGCGGGGGAACCUUCGACAAAGACUACAAUAAGAGAUACCAGCCGAUGAAAUUCGCCAUCCCUUCCUCCACGAAGAAGGUGGAGCUGUUUGCUGUCAUCACUGGGCACGGCAGCGACGAGAACGGCUGUGGGGAAUUCUGCGUCACCUCGCAUCAUUUCCUGAUAAACGCCAUCUAUAACAACAGUCAGAAAUUUGACUCCGCAGGAACAGCCCUCGGCUGCACAUUGAGGGUAAAGGAGGGCGCCGUACCAAAUGAGCACGGCACCUGGCUUUACGGGCGAGGAGGCUGGUGUGAUGGGCUGCAGGUCGACUCCUGGAGGAUCGACAUUACUAAACAGGUGAACAUGAGCGACUUUGAAUCCAACACCGUUGUCUAUUUUGGCUUGUUUAAUGGACAGGAUCCAAAUCCAUCUCAGCAGCCUGGAUAUAUCAUCAUGUCGUCUUUUCUCAUCUUUUACAAAUGAUUUUACUUGGAAAAUUUUUAUUUUUAUUAAUUUUGAUUAACUGUAACUCAGAAUGUGCAAUCACUGAAUAAAUCUCUUUUUUACUUUU